GCAUUAUCUGACAGCUGACAUUUCUUUCUUUUCUUUGUCGCAUGUUCUAUCGCAUAACCAUAUCGCCGCCAUACCAUCUAUCAUAUCAAUCAAUCAACCGACCGCGCGGGUUUGCGACCAGCAAAGAAGAAAACAACAAUUACUAAUUGCUUCCUUUUCCUUUCCUCUUCUUGCAUCUAUCCCUCCUCUCCCACCGUCGCCAUCCUAAUCCUACAAAGAAAUACCUGGGACAAAAUAAAUACAAUGUCCCAUCCUCCCACGUCGCGGUCUAGAGCGCCACCCGCCGGCAACGAGGAGGCUACUACCGUCCUCAAGCUGGGCGAGUUCCAGGACGUCGACACCCUGACGUUGUCCGAAGCCUCCCUCGUCAUCAACGCCCUAGUCGCCAAGCGCCGCAACGAUCGCAAGAACGUCAACGAGACCGAGAUGUUAACUAAGACUAUCGAUUACCUGGAUACCUUCGCCCGCUUCAAGAAGAAGGAGAACGUCGAGGCCGUGGAGCGCUUGUUGAGCUCACAUAAGGAGUUCCACAAGUUUGAGCGCGCGCAAUUAGGAUCGCUUUGCUGCGAGACGGCCGAGGAGGCUAAAUACCUAAUCCCCUCGAUCACCGACAAGAUCACGGACGAAGAGCUGCAAGAGCUGCUCAACGAGAUCUACAAGCUGAUGCCGCGAUGAUACCGCGAUGAUACCGCUCUAUAAACCCGCGGUGCUCUAGCAAAGUGCCGUACCUCUUCUGCUCCUCAUAACCGAACAGAUAGAUAUACCGAACACACAACCCUCCACGCGAGGCAUAAUUCCAAGGUUGAGAAGCUGUGAUAAUGGAUCCUAGGGGAGCAGAGACCGAUCGAUUUCUUGUCAGUUGGGCGUUUUCAUUUGAAUUAGACCAGGGGACCUGGCAUUGCACUAAACGGCGUAGGAUAAGGAAAAAGACUGGCAGAGACUGGCAGGCUUUCUUGAUUUCUGUCAUGUUCCAUACCCCCAAUAAGAUCGGAAGAUACAGGCAAAGACUAAAUAAAUAGCAUUCGGUUGGGUUUGUCAU